UCUCUCCCUUUCUCUUUCUCUCUCUCUCUUUCUAAUUCUUUCUUGACAAUUGCUCCAUGAGCUGCUUGAGCAUGGUGGAGGCUAAUCUGCCUCCAGGGUUCCGGUUCCACCCAAGGGAUGAUGAGCUAAUUUGCGACUACCUGGCGACGAAGGUCGCCGGAGAUCGCAGCGGGAGCUUUUGGGGCAGCCCAAUGAUCGUCGAUGUCGAUCUCAACAAGUGUGAACCAUGGGACCUCCCUGAAAUGGCUUGUGUUGGGGGGAAGGAGUGGUACUUCUUCAGUCUCCGGGAUCGGAAGUAUGCGACCGGGCAGCGAGCAAACCGGGCAACCUUGACGGGCUACUGGAAGGCCACCGGAAAGGAUAGGCCGAUAGCUCGGAGGGGGGUGCUUGUUGGGAUGAGGAAGACCCUGGUUUUCUAUCAAGGGAGAGCUCCAAAGGGAAAGAAGACUGAUUGGGUCAUGCAUGAGUUCCGCAUGGAAGGAUCCAGCGAUCUGCCAAAGUUCUUCAAGGAAGAUUGGGUCCUAUGCAGAGUGUUCUACAAGCGCAUGGGGAUCUCCACCAAGCCAAGCAUGGAAACAAGCUAUGAUGACACAGGCUCCUCCUCCCUCCCACCUCUCAUGGACACCUACAUCACCUUGGACCAAACCCCACAAAACUUUGAGGGGUUUGAGCAGGUGCCCUGCUUCUCCAGCUUCCCUCCAAGUCACACAUCCCAGCACCCAAACCCCUUAUUGGCCCCACACCUGCACCCAGUGGAAAUAAGCCUGCCCUUAACCAAAGGCUUAGCCCAGUUGGGGGACUUGCCUGACUUGGGCUCUUGUGUGAACCCCCUCUCCACUGACAGAAAGGUCAUAAAAGCAGUCCUAAACCAGCUCACCAAACUGGAGGGCAAUCCAAAGGGGGAGGUGCCACCAACUUUGGCCGAAGGGAGUUUGGGAGGUUACUUCUCUGAGACGGGUCUGCCCUCAGCUUGGAAUCCUUUUUGAAUUUUCGUGAAGAUUGGUGAGGUUUGUGAGGUGAAGGUAUCUCCUAUUUAUAGGGAGUCACCUAUCAAAUUUGUACAAAUAUUCAUACUUAUAAGGUGUGAGAUUGUUGCUGUUUUUCCUUGGAAUUUCCCGAAUGAAUGAGUUUUAUGGGAACA